CUUCGCCAUCGCCAUCGCCAUCCGGUGACGACAUGAUUGGAUGGCUUGGCAUUCUAAGUCAGAGGCUUCUCCAGUUAGAGAUUCUUCCAUGGGCGAUACGAGGAUGCCUUUCUUGCGGAUACUCACCAUGCAGCAUCUUUUCCUCUUAUAGCUCGCUUUCGUUUAUCCGCCAGAAUGAGCUUGAGAUGAGAAAAGGCCAAGCUCCGGAGGCACUGGAGCCUGGAUCAGCUGCUCCUUCAGAGGGCAGUGCGUUAGUUGAGUCGAUAGUUGCUGGUGUUAAUACUGGUCGAAUUGAAGAGCCAACUCCCAGCCAGUGGACUUGAUUCGGUCAUGAUUCUUGAAGAUACAGAAGUCCAUGUGGACGUCCAGGUUCUGUUGAUACAGAGGAGGGAGUAGAUUCUUCGGCGGAUUUUUAUUUUCACUUUCCCUUUUUUUCAUGUACUAUAUAGUAUAUGCUAUCACAUAUAAUAUAAUUGGGAACCAUAUAUGAUAAUUUGGCAAUAGAGUAUGGCGUGGCAAUAGAAUGGUGUGAUUCAUGUUCCGACGGUAUGACCUCUCUUUGAUUCUUAGGCUGCAUUUGAUUUUUGCAAAUUCUGUGAAUUUGGAUUGGCUUUGAAUCCAGAUCGGGUCCAAUGGAUUGGCCUGACUCUGAAUUGACUCGGGUCCAAAGUAGCAACCCGAGCAUUGGAAACUCAUGCUAUGAGCCUGCUUUUAGAUGAAGUGACAAUCCAAUGGGGGGCAGUACUGUAGUAGCUACUAGCUGGUUCGCUUCACGUGACGGGACUUGUCCAUCACGUGACUUCCUCUGUGCUAUAGCCUAUAGUCAAACUCUCUUGAGGUUUGAACUUUACAGCCAGUCGUUCAUCCGACCGUACACGUGUCCCCUGAGUUGCUCAAACAACGAAUGAUGAAUGAGAAUGAUUGGUAUGCAACUGGGAGUUGUUGCUCCCCAAUUUUCAGUCAGACUUUCAAAGCCCUCACUUCCUUCCUUUGCUUCCUCUCCCUCCCGUUAAUGGCGGUUUCCUCGGCGAGGUAGGUGGGGUUUCUGCGUGUUGGCCUUGGCCCGAAGGAGAAGGAAGCUGUCUGAGCAGUAACAGUGACCGCAAAAAAAAAAAAAAAAAAAAAAAAAGGCCAGAACUUAUUGCUCACAAUCCGGAAGAAGAAGAAAGAAAAAUUCACUUGCGAUCCAUCAAGCUCACAAGGGAAGAACCCAGCAGCAUGUGGACCCUUUUGUCCUGUGUGCUGAGAUGUAUGGUAUGGUGGACGGGGUAGCCGGUAAUAUUAUAUUAACUUUCAUGCCCCAAUCUGCUGCAGUUCACUGUUAAUGCUUCGGCUAUAAAGCUGCAUUGCAUGAUCUCCAUUUCCAUCUCUCUACCGGGAAGCAGUAGUGAGAAGAAAGGAGGGACCUGAAAAUGGCCAGCAGGGUGUCGAAUUUCUCCAAUCUGAUACAAAGGGUCUCAGCUUCGUGCUUGCUGGAUCCCCUCUGUGCAGUCCGGCGGGACCCAGAUUAUGCGAAUGGGAAGUACUAUGAAGAUGAUGAGGAACGUGAUUUGGAACACUUCGAAGAGGGUCAGGAUACAGAGGAGGAAGAAGAAGAGCGGGAAGCAACGCAGCAAGAAGAGAAUAAUGGAGGAGUUAGGACGUUGGAGCAGAGUAAGAGAGAAUCAAGAAUGGAGGGGCUAGCGGUUGAGAUGGAGGUUUUGCUUAACGAGGUGUUCGAUGCAGUGUCGAUGAUGAAGAGGGCUUAUGUGGGCCUGCAGGAAGCGCACUGCCCGUGGGACCCGGAGAAGAUGAGGGCUGCUGAUGUGACAGUGGUGGCGGAGCUGAAGAGGCUCGGGGUGCUAAGGGAGAGAUACAGGAGGAGCAUUCUCGUGAAUGGGGGCGGUGUUAGCGGAAGGAGAAGCAUUGAUGGCAGGGCAGUUGGGCUAAGAGAGGUGGUUGCACCAUACGAGGCAGCUGUGGAUGAGCUGAAGAGGGAGGUGAAGGCGAGGGAAGUUGAAGUCGAGAACUUGAGGGAGAAGCUGAGGAGUGUGACAAAUCUUGGGGGUAAUACAAAAAAAGGAAGGUCCCUCUCAAAGAAGAAACUCACCCUCAGCCCUAGUCAAGUCAUAGCAGCCCCCGCUCCAGAGCUGUUUGAGGCUACGAUGAGUCGAGUGAAGGAAGCGUUAAAGUCCUUCACUGCCAUCCUACUAUCCCUCAUGCGCUCUGCUCACUGGGACAUUUCAGCCGCCAUUCGUUCUAUUCAAGCCACCUCUGCUGCUGGCGGCACCAAAAACACCUCCUCCAAAACUGGCACUCACCAUGUGAAGUACUCCCUUGAGUCCUACAUCUCCCACAAAAUCUUCCAGGGCUUUGAUCACGAGACAUUCUACAUGGAUGGCAGUCUCUCCUCGCUCCUGAAUCCUGAACAAUACCACCAAGAAUGUUUCACUCAGUAUCGUGACAUGAAGUCAAUGGACCCUGUUGAGCUUCUUGGGAUCUUACCCACCUGCCAGUUUGGUCAGUUCUGCUUAAAGAAGUACCUCUUGAUUGUUAACCCAAAAAUGGAGGGGUCCCUUUUUGGAAACUUGGAUCAGCAGAACCAAGUAAUACAUGGGAACCACCCGAGGAGCGAGUUUUAUCGGGAGUUCCUGGGGCUGGCAAAGGCUGUUUGGUCGCUCCAUUUGCUGGCUUUCUCACUUGAUCCUUCGCCGAACCAGUUCGAGGCUAGCAGAGGAGCCGAGUUUCACCCUCAGUACAUGGAGAGUGUGGUGAAAUUUUCAGAUGGCAGGGUUCCUGCUGGUCAUAUUGUCGGAUUUCCCGUCAGCCCCGGAUUCAAGCUCGGGAAUGGAUCGGUAAUAAGAGCAAGAGUUUAUUUGGUGUCGAGGAUGUGAAAUUAGAAAAAAUUGUGCUCCGUUCACCCCUGCUUCAUUUACGGAAAAAUGCAGACAUAGCGUAGUUUACUAUUUGUAUUAGAUAAUUUAGGGAGGACGCUGUUGGAAAUGAUCAGAGAGGGACGAUGGAAGAGGGAGUUUUGUUGCAUACUGCUGAAAUGGUCUCUUAGUUUGGUCUGCAUUUUCCUCCUUACUAAUUGUUCUGAUUUGUUCAAUCGAGUACCCCGAGUUCGUUACGACUUUGAAGUUUGACCCUCAGUUAAAAUAACAGUCUCUAGUUUUC